AUGGGCAAGAACAAUAAACGAAAGCGAACCGCAGCCAUCCCUGCUCAACCUGCAAAACUACCUACACCACCUAGUGAUUCACCUUCUUCAACCACUUUGAUCGAAUCAGAGGACUUGGAAUGUACGAUCAACGUUCUUGAGACGUUAUGUGAAUUCCCAGAUGAACUGAGUGAGAAAGAGAUGAAAGUGCUGAAGAGAAAAGUACAUGAGCUGUAUAGAGUCAUGGCUGAUGGAUCUGGAUUGGGUAACUCUUUGACUUCGAAAAUAUCAACAGCAUUAUCAGAUUAUCGAUUUACCGAUGCCUUGAUAUACUUGUUCGAAAUGUAUACUCGAAAAUUACAUCCUAAACUAGGCGCAUUGCAAAGAUGGGUAAGGGAAUGUGAUGCUACUUCAGGUGCGGAUGGUAGUCCAGGGGAUCUAGAAGCUUUGAAAUGUUUGGAUAUGAUAUUGAGAAUAGCAAAUAUGUCACAUACUUCUGAUGUAUCAGAUGAACGAAAAGUUCUGGGGACAAAAGGAAGUCUCAAUGACAAGAAGAUUGGAGGUGGAGGUGGGGGGAUGGAUGAUAAUGAUGUUGUCAGAAGAAAACAGGUUUGGAAAGCUAGAGAAAAUACUCAAGGUGAGAUUCGAAUUUGGGAAAAAAUCAAGAAUGGAACGUUAUUCGAUACACCACCUACAUUACCAUUCCCGAAUUUCCUACCUGUCCACCACGUUCGCGCUGCAGAGAGGAAACCUCCUAAUCUAUACGAUUCAACAGUAUACGGUUCAUCUCCAGGAGCUAUCAGUCUUUUGGAAACCUCGCAAAGAACGAAACCGAGUAAAGUGGACGUACCUGGAGUUCCGGGUGCUUUUGUAGUUUUAGACGUUUUCACCCCUGAAGAAUGUUUACAAAUCGUUAAAGCUGCAGAAGCGAUCGGGUGGGAAAAAGAUGAAGCUGCUGGAGGAUCCGCAAUCAACAAGACAUCUAUAUUAGCGAAAAACUUUGUUUGGCUAUCUGAUUCUUCAUUCCUCGAUCAUUUUUAUUCAUCUAUACUUCCCUUCGUACCUGCGACUGCACCUUUAAGCGUGGAUGGCAAUGGAGGCGGAAAAGUCAGAGGCAUAAAUGCUAGAUUUAGGGUAUAUCAAUAUACGGAGAAUCAACUGUACAGGCCCCAUAUAGAUGGUGCUUGGCCAGCAGCUGGAUUAGACCCCACCACAGGAGAAUACCUGCACGAUUCAUCGCCACCGGAAGACCCAUUAUGGUCCAGAUACACUUUACUGGUAUACCUCAAUGGAGAAGGUGAUAUACCAAAAGAUACUGGAUGUACUACGUUCUUUUUGCCUUCUGAUAGGAUCGGAUUGAUGGAAGCCACAAGUGUAAGACCUAUUCAAGGUGCUGUAUUAUGCUUCCCCCACGGAGAUACAACAGGUUCAUUGCUUCAUGAAGGCUCGGCAGUAGGUUCAGGAGGGGUCAAAUAUGUCAUUCGAACGGAUCUGCUAUAUGAGGCUAAAGGUUUCGGUCAAUUCAAACCUCCUGCAAGCGUCGGUGUCAAACAAGGAGGCAAAGAGGAAGAAGGUAUUGGGGGUUAG